GGCUUGAGGUCAAAUAAAGCGGUAUGAUUGUUAUAAAGCGGUAUCGUGUGGUGUCUGCAUGUAUUCAUUGCCUUCUCUAUAAUUUAAAUUGCAUAGCUGCAUAUGUCGGAACAGUCCGUAAGACAUCGGUUUCUCGCUCUUCCUAGUGAGCAAAGGCUGAAGUUAGAUAGAGUCACUUCUCCUCGUUGUCAACUAACCCCUGUCCCCAAUUUAUCUACAAGUGCAAUCUUGGAUAUUAACGAUACUUCAAUAACGGUUACAGGUGAUGAUUUCGAGGAUACAUGUAUUCUUGGUGAAGGAUUUUUUGGACAAGUUUUCAAAAUGCGUUUGAAAUCAACAAAAGAAUCAUUUGCGGUUAAAAAAAUACCAUUUUGCAAUUUGGAUCCACGUAAUCCAGAUAUGAUAGCAGAUUUGGAAAUAGGGAAAUUGCAUCCACAUCCAUUUUUAUUACGAUCUUAUUGUGCUUUCACUCAUGUAGAUUCUGUUUGGAUUUUAUUAGAACUUAUGGAUAUCUCGUUAGAUGUACUUCUAAAUAAAGUAAAGGCACUCAAUGAAUACAUUCCUGAAAAUGUUUUGAAGCAUAUAACAUUUUCGAUUGUUUCAGCAUUAUAUUAUUUACGAUUCGAUAUGAAUAUGAUUCAUCGUGAUAUAAAACCGGCUAACAUGUUAGCUAACAAAUGUGGAGAAAUAAAAUUAGGAGACUUUGGUACUGCCGUCACCCUUUCCAACUGUGAAAUUUUAACGGAUGUUGGAUCAUGGCGUUACCUUGCUCCAGAGCGUGUAAGCUGUGGUUCUAUAAAAAGUUAUGGAGUUAAAUCUGAUAUUUGGUCUUUAGGCCUAAGCAUUUAUGAAUUGGCUACUGGUACAAACCCAUAUGAACCGCCUAAAGAUCCUGUAGAUGCAUUCAAUCAGAUUGUAAAUCGUGAUCCUCCAAGUCUUUCAAGUGAUCUACCAUAUUCUAAUCAUUUACGAGAUUUUUUAAAUAUGUGCCUUAUUAAAGAAGUUAGUGAACGAGCAGAUUACAAUGAUUUACUAGUGUCCGAUUUUAUUCGAUCCGUUGAUGUUAAUUCUCAUUUGAUUACAACAGCACAAUUCUUAAUGAAAUAUAUUUAAUGAAAAUUUUAAUUUGUAUUUGUCACCUAGUCAAACUUCAAGGAUGAAUAUAUAUAUAUAUAUAUAUAUAUAUAUAUAUAUAUAUAUAUAUAUAUAUAUUGAGCAAAGAUAUAUGUCGUUAAUUUUGUCGUAUAUUCUUGUUGUAUAUUACAUUCUAAUACAUUAUGUCUAUAUAGGGCUGUGAAUAUUAAUUUAAAAUAGAUUCUCUUAUUUGUAUAAUCUGUUCCUGUACACAUAAAAUGGGAUUUCUUUUCGUUAGAUAAUAAUUGAACACUACAGUUUAUUUUUUUUAAAAAUAAAUUCAUUUGGAUAUUGUGUUUUCUUUUGUACAACUGUCGUUCAUCUCUCUCGUUCACUGAAACGUUUUUUUUUGUUUUACCACCUUUUUUGAUGGGAUUACUAUCAUGGGUUUUGUUUUAUAAUCAAAUAUUGAUGUUAGAUAGAAGGAUAUGUUUUCAAAAUGUAUCUAUGUAAACCAGUUCCCCUGUCUCUCUUAUUUACCAUUUUUAAUUAUUUCAUUUAUGUGAUAUUUUGUAAUCUAUUUUUAUUAUUUUUUUUUACAAUUGUACAUAUUAUUUCUUACGCACAAUGUGUAGUUAGCAAAAAUUUAUUUUCUUUAUUUCGUUUAUUCAAAAAUGAGAAUUGGUAUAGAUCUGAAACUUUCUAAUUAAUAAUAAAACUGGACAAGAUUAUGUCCUGGUUAUUCUUCGAAAUAUUUCUUUGUUCAUCUUUCCGAUGUAUGUUUAGUUGAUAUUUUCUUUUAAAUGUAUACUUAUCUAUCUAUUUUUUACAGUUUGAUAUUUUACCAUUAUUAUCUGUGAUAGUAAUAAUAAUAGUUAUUAUUAUUUCUAUUGUUAAACUUUCAAACUUCAAUUCAAUAUAGGUAUGAGAUUUCCA